GCUGCCAAACCCAUUCAGCCAGUAGAGGAGAGAGGCAGGCAGGCGAGGAGCGUGGAGGGGACAUUUCGAAGCGGCCACAACUCAGCAUCAAAGAGGGGAAGUCCAGUGAUUACCCGGGAACUCUGGUCUGCAGACUCCAUCCAAUCUCAAUGCAAAAACCUUCCUGCACCAUUCAAGGGAGUUUUAUUGCCGCCGAUUAAUCGUGUUCACCGGGGCCGAAAAUUAACCCUUCAGUAACUUAUGUAUAUAAAGGAUAUUCAACGUGGCAAGGAUUUGAUAAAACUUUUGAUUUUCUAACAUAUCGGGUUGUGUCUAAAUUGUGGCUCAGUGUCCGUGUUGAUCUCUCCCGGGUUUGGGGGUAUUGGUGCCGGCUUCGCUUCUGCUCAUGCUGCACUAAACUUUUGCUUGCUCUGGCUGGGCUUGCCUCGUUACCCGCUGUCUCGCUGCUGUACCGGUGGGAUUCUCUGUACUGUUUGUCGCUUUGGAUUGUCUUUAACUGUUUGUAGCUUUGCCGAGUCUUUUCUGCACCCAGCCGAGAUGAUAAGGUGCGGUGCCUACUCUCUGACAGCCCUAACCCUCCUUCUGGCUCUCAACAAUGCUGGUUUCACUCAGUCCCUGCUCACCCAUCUUAGCCCUGACGACUCUCAAAUCCAAGUCAUAUCCACCCAGGGGAAAGAGAAGACAGCAGGCGCUGUGCUGGCUCCUGAUACCAUCCCUCCUGAAGGAUCAGAGGAUGGAGCAGAACCCACAAGACCCUCAGCUUCCAAAGAAACGUCUCCUGUGAGAUUCAGGAAAUCCACAGGACAGACAAAAGACCCAGAGGAAACCCUUCCACAAGCAAGAAAGAGACGUGGAGAAUUGGAUAAGCUGCCUAUAGUAACAGCUGACAAAAUGGCAAAACCAACAGGAACACCCAAAAAGGCCAAGAAAGAGAAAAAGCCCAAAGUAAAGGCUCCAAAGCUCAAGAAAGAGAAAAAAUCCAAAGAGAAGCCUCCAAAGCCCAAGAAAGAGAAAAAACCCAAAGAUAAAAAGGCAAAACCAAAAAAAGAGAAAAAACCGAAAGAAAAGCAGCCAAAAUCUAAGAAAGAAAAGAAACCCAAAACACCAGUUGAAAAACUUGAGGUACCCAAGGAAGAGGAAGAGAAGCCUCAGCAACCUUUCCAGGAAGAGGAAGAGAAGGCCCAGCCAGUGGAAGAAUACAAGGAAGUUCCAACUGAGCCUGUCACAGAAAUGCUGGAAGAAAUUGUCACAGGCCUGGAAAUAUUUGAUUAUGACCUGUGGCCAACUGAAGCCCCAACCAAGCCAUUCAGUGCAUCUCCUUUUGUUGAAUAUGACACUGAGGAAAAGGAAAUUACUGAAGAGGAGAAAAUAGCUGAACCUACAGAAGUUCCAACUGAGUCGUAUGGAGAGAAUUAUGAUUAUGGAAUAGAUGAAGACCUGGACGAAUAUGGGUGGAGCAGACCAGAGAGAAAACCAAAGAAACCACAUGAUCCAACACUUGAGAAGGAGCUAGAGUUUGAGUUGGAGAUUGAAGAAGUUGAACCAGAUGAAUACGGAGAGUUGCAACCUAAAGAGCCUAAACCUGAUGAAAUAUACGACUAUGAAGAUAUAUGGGAGGAAUAUCCUUGGAAUGAAGAUAACUUGAAACCAAAGAAACCUACUAAGAAGAUUCCAGAAGAGAUAGACCCAGAUGGAUAUUUGCCACCAUUGGGAAAAAAAUGCCCUCCUUUGGGUCUCGAGUCCCAUGAAGUUGCUGAUGAACAAUUAACAGCAUCUUCCUUUCUGCGACAUGGACUUGGCCCUCAGCGUAUUCGACUUAACAUGCAGGCAGGUGCUGAGGAUGAGGACGAAGAGGAUUAUUUUGAUGGGGCCUGGUGUGCUCAUACAGAGGACCAGUCACAGUGGAUUGAAGUGGAUGCCAGAAAACUGAUUGAAUUCAGUGGAGUGAUCACCCAGGGCCGGGAUUCACUGAUGCACAAUGACUGGGUGAACUCAUUCUAUGUGCAGUUCAGCAAUGACAGCCGUACAUGGAUGACGUACACAGAUGGAUAUUAUGAUUGGCUAUUUUAUGGGAAUGUGGAUACUGAAACACCCAUUCUGAAUGAAUUCCCAGAAACGGUUGUUGCUCGCUACAUCCGAAUUAAUCCACAAAGCUGGAAUGGAAGUCUGUGCAUGAGAAUGGAGGUGCUUGGCUGUCCAGUGUCAGCCUCCAAUCAAUAUGAACCCAAUGAACUGACUUUAGAGGAUGGUCUCGACUUCAGACAUCACAACUACAAGGAUAUGCGGCAGCUGAUGAAGGUUGUGAAUGAGCAGUGCCCAAAUAUUACCAGGAUUUAUAACAUUGGAAAAAGUUCUCAAGGACUGAAGAUCUAUGCCAUGGAGUUGUCAGAUAACCCAGGAGAGCAUGAACCUGGGGAACCUGAAUUUCAUUACACGGCUGGGAUGCAUGGGAAUGAAGUUUUAGGCCGGGAGUUACUACUGCUACUAAUGCAAUUCCUGUGUAAGGAAUACACCUAUGGAAACCCCCGGAUCACACGUAUAAUCGAUAGCACAAGAAUACAUCUUGUACCCUCUCUCAAUCCAGAUGGUUACGAACUGGCUUAUGAAAUAGGUUCAGAAGUAAGCAGCUGGGCACUAGGAUACUGGACAGAAGAAGGAUAUGACCUCAGUGACAACUUUCCAGACCUGACCUCAAUGAUCUGGGGUGCAAAAGGCCAAAGAGGAGGCAUUCAAAGAGUCAACAAUCACCACCUUCCGAUACCAGAGGAAUACCAAUCAGAAGAAGGCGCGGUUGCUGUAGAAACGCGUGCUAUUAUAACAUGGUUAGAAAAAAUCCCCUUUGUGCUCGGAGCUAAUUUCCUUGGAGGUGAACAAGUGGUGACAUUUCCAUACAACAUGGCCAGACCUCAGGAGGAAGAGGAAGUGAUGAUGCGAAGGCCACAGAGGGGGGAGGAUUAUGAGGAAGACGAAGGUGAACAGUCACGUUACAUGGAAACACCAGAUGACACAAUAUUCCAGUGGCUGGCUAUCUCUUACGCUUCUGCGCAUCUUACUAUGACAGAAACAUAUCGAGGCAAAUGUCACACUGACGAUUUCACUAAUGGUUUUGGAAUCAUCAAUGGUGGCGCAUGGCAUCCAUCUGUUGGUACUAUAAAUGAUUUCAGCUACCUGCACACCAACUGCUUCCAGCUCUCCAUUUAUGUCGGGUGUGACAAAUUCCCUCAUGAGAGUGAGUUGGCCAAGGAAUGGCAGAACAACCAGGAGGCACUACUCUAUUUUAUGGAACAGAUACAUCGUGGAAUCAAAGGAUUUGUGCGAGAUUUGGAUGGAAAUGCAAUUGCAAAUGCCACAGUGUCAGUUGAAGGAAUAAACCAUGACAUGCUAACAGCAAAUGAUGGGGACUAUUGGCGAAUACUGAACCCUGGUGACUAUCGAGUGACCGUGAAAGCACAGGGUUAUGCGCCCAGUACACGAGUAUGUCAUGUGGGAUAUGAGAAUGAGGCUACACAGUGCAAUUUUAAUUUGCGCAAAUCCAAUUGGCACAGAAUUCAGCAAAUCAUGGAAGAAUAUGGUCGCAAGCCCAUCAAUGUGCUCCUGACACGAGGAAGGAGAGUAAAGAAGAUCCGCAAGAUUCGGGUGCGUGCAGGACAGCGGAUGCACCGCCAAAACCAGACUCGGACUUCAGAAUAGAGGACUCACUUACUUGUAGAUUCAUGGAUUUAAUUAGACGAAUUUGGAUAAAUGUCUUUUCAUUUAAAAGCUAAGAUGUGUCACAGAAGGACUGUUAAUUGUAAAAACCAUGCUUGUCAAAAUCAGUGUAUGUAACAGUCAUAUCAAUAUUGUGAAUUUCUGUCCAAUCUUUCAGCUUCAUUAAGGUUUGCAUGGUGUCUGCGAAUGGGUUUUUGCGUCUUAGGACAAACAGAUUUCAUUUUGGGAAGAUACUAACUAAUUAGCACUCAUUUAAUCCAACCUGCAAACAUUAGCAGUCUUAGUCAUCGCACAGAACCUAAACAUAAUGAUGCUGAUGCAAUGUUUUCUGGUUUCAUUGGAGAGGGGAAUAGAAAAAGAAUACAUCUUAAGAUACAGAUCAACAGUGGUCCAUCAAGAUGAAAGAGUGUCGCCUGGGUCUCUAGACCCCGUUUUCUGUGCAAUCCAGUUAUUGCGGACAUUGGAACCAAAGCAUACAUAUGCAACCAACUACUUGGGCACAGGUACAGUGGAACCACAAUCUGCACUGGCUUCCCUUAUAUAUUAACAGAUACUUCAAGUUGGGGCUCCAGAAAGAUUAUUCCACCAGAACAAGCAAGGCUAUUUUCUGGAGAGCAAGCUCUAACCUGGUAUAGAUUUUAAAAUAAAUUUGCUUGAUGAAAGGAAUAAGGCUGUUCAGAGCAGAAAUUUUAAAAAUCAUGCCCAAUCCUUACACUAUUUAUCUAAAUCCUGCACUAUUUAUCUGAAAUCAAUCAUGGGCUCCACAAUGUUUCAAAGCACCUGCUUCACAUGGGAAGCCAGAGCUUAAAACCCAUGGACCCAAAUCACAACAAGGCUAAUUGCUUUAGAUUCCAGCUCAAGCCAAAUGGUACAUUUAAAGAUUGCAAUAGUCGCUGCAUUGCUACGGCCUACAAAGCUGAUUGCUGUCAAUCAAACUAGGAAUUUCUUAACCAGGUUUACAAACUAUUGUCUCUCUAAAUAUACAGGUAUUAUCCCUACACUGACAUAUCUACAGAAUGUAUACCAGAGCUCAAGAGAUACCUGUGGGCCACCGUUGAGCAGUCUAGCCCCUAGAUGUACUCAGCACACUGGGGAUAUGCAGUAAAUGAGAUGCUUGAUACGUGGACAUCUAAUCAAGAAUAGAGUUCCUUCUAAAACACUAAUCAGAUUACAAAACAAAACUAGCCACAAGAAGCCUUACAGCAGCAAAAGCACAUGGAAGCAUUUCAGUUUGUUCUGGUGAAGAAUUUAGAAGAUGCUCAUUCUCAUCAUCCUGUAUUAGUAUCCUGUCUUGGAUAUCAAACUCUCACAAAUAGAGAUUAUACAUGAACCCUGGCAUGGAUUACUAAUCUAUCUUUGCACCAGAUGAACAGAAGAAUUGUAUAUCCAACAAUAUUUUCAGUUUUCCAACAUUGACAAGAGUUUUAAGGUUAUGGUGAAACAUACAUACAUUACAAAGUACCAUUCAAGUUUGUGAGCCAGCUACGAAUAUGGACAGAGUGGAGAAAACUCCAGACUAAUCUUCUGUGGGUGAAAAUACAAAUAUCAGUUCAAGUCUGAAUGUAUACUGCGUGGACUCUGCUCUGUUCACUUCUUUAGCAAUUUCAGCUUUGCAUCACUCGCAAUAGAUUUUCAAUACUGGUUAUUGAAAAGCAGAUGUUUGGAAGAGUGUGUAUUGAUUUGAGAGUGAAGUGCAGCUCCCCUCAACGAUUAGUGGUGGGAGCUAUAAAGCCAGGGACAGAUAAGAGAGGGGUUAAACUUACUUUGUGGAAUUUUUGGUAAAAAGCAAAUUUACUUUGUGGGAGAGCUAUGUAAUAUUGCAUCCAUACUUGUUUUCUCAUGCAAAUGUUAUAUAGUAUAAAACAUUUAUUUUGAAAGAAUUGGCAGUACAAUUUUCUAAAGGGUUGUUAUGCCCUUUCUGUGACUAGAGUUCCUUUAUAUCUUAAGAUAUAUUCGCACAACUUAUUUUUACAGAAUAAAAAAUAGCAAAUAA